GUUGCGGGUGUGAGAGGGAGACAGUUGGCCAGCAAGGCAGGGGGUUUAUAGGUACAAGGGAGGAGGCUGGGUGUCAAGAUGUGGGUGAGCGAAGUGGAGGGGCGACAUGUGCCAGGAAAAUGUUUGCUGUGAAGUCUGUGUGUUCAAAGGAGAAGUGUGGAGCGGGCCAGGAGAAUACAAGGAGAAAGGAGGCGCUGGCAAAGAGAUCUGGCACAGAGAAGUGUGGCGUUUGUAAGGGAGAGCGACGAUAUUUGCAAAAAAGACAUGCUGGGAACGGAAAGGUCCACCGUGAGCAAGGCGCUGUGAGCUGACCGGAGUGGGCGGGGCACGGAGGCUCCCGGAAGCACCAGAGGCCCCGCGCGGUGUGGAGUCGGAGUCACGGAGCUGUGGGUGCCUAGCAACAGAGGGGAAGGCGGUGCCUGGCAACGAGGGGGGGCGCUCAGAAAAGUGGAAAGCUGAUGUGACUGGAGAUGGGGGGCUUACUGCGGGGGACCUGUGGACAGCUGGGCCGGACUAUUGGUCUGUCUCAUGGGGCUCUGGAGCCUGGGCCCCACUGGUGGGGGCCAAGUGGGAGUUCUUGGGCCCAAAGGUUUCAUCAGGACAGGCCUGGUAGAGGCCUGGGUGAGGAGGACAUUCGCAGGGCACGGGAGGCUCGGCUCCGGAAGACACCGCGGCCCCAGCUGAGUGACCGCUCUCGAGAACACAAGGUGCCCGCCUCCCGCGUCAGCCGCCUGGCCAACUUUGGGGGACUGGCUGUGGGCUUGGGGCUGGGAGCGCUGGCCGAGGUGGUCAAGAAGUCCCUAUCGGGAGGACGUUUACAAUCAGAGGGCAACUCCCAGCUGAGCUCCAACCCUUUCCUGUCGGAGGCCAACGCUGAGCGGAUUGUGCAGACCUUGUGUACAGUUCGGGGGGCCGCCCUCAAGGUUGGCCAAAUGCUCAGCAUCCAGGACAACAGCUUCAUUAGCCCCCAGAUACAGCGCAUUUUUGAGCGAGUCCGCCAGAGUGCUGACUUCAUGCCUCGCUGGCAGAUGGUGAGAGUUCUCGAAGAGGAGCUCGGCAGGGACUGGCAGACCAAGGUGGCCUCCUUGGAGGAGGUGCCCUUUGCCGCUGCCUCCAUUGGGCAGGUGCACCAGGGCGUGCUGAAGGACGGGACGGAGGUAGCUGUGAAGAUCCAGUACCCAGGUGUUGCCCAGAGCAUCCGGAGUGACGUCCAGAACCUGCUGGUGGUGCUUAAGGCGAGCAUGGCCCUGCCCGAGGGCCUGUUUGCUGAGCAGAGCCUGCAGGCCUUGCAGCAGGAGCUGGCUUGGGAGUGUGACUACCGUCGUGAGGCGGCUUGUGCCCAGAACUUCAGGCAGCUGUUGGCAGAUGACCCCUUCUUCCGGGUGCCAGCCGUGAUCAAGGAGCUGUGCACAACACGGGUGCUGGGCAUGGAGCUGGCCGGAGGGGUCCCUCUGGACCAGUGCCAGGGCCUGAGCCAGGACAUCCGGAACCAGAUCUGCUUCCAGCUCUUGAGGCUGUGUCUGCGGGAGCUGUUUGAGUUCCGAUUCAUGCAGACGGACCCCAACUGGGCCAACUUCCUGUAUGAUACCUCCAGCCACCAGGUGACCUUGCUGGACUUCGGGGCAAGCCGGGAAUUUGGGACCGAGUUCACAGACAAUUACAUCGAGGUGGUGAAGGCUGCAGCCGAUGGGGACAGUGAUCGGGUCCUGCAGAAAUCCCGGGACCUCAAAUUCCUCACAGGCUUUGAAACCAAGGCAUGCUCAGACGCCCAUGUGGAGGCGGUGAUGAUCCUGGGAGAGCCCUUCGCCACCCAGGGCCCCUAUGACUUCGGGGCUGGGGACACCGCCCGCCGCGUGCAGAGCCUCAUACCCGUGCUGCUGCGGCACCGGCUGCGCCCCCCACCUGAGGAGACCUACGCUCUGCAUCGCAAGCUGGCAGGGGCCUUCCUGGCCUGUGCACGCCUUCGUGCCAACAUCUCCUGCCGGGACCUCUUCCAGGACACCUACCAGCGUUACUGGGCGAGCCGCCAGGCCAGCCCCACUCCGCUGCCUCGGGCCAGGGGGGACCUCCUGCACUGAGACACCUGCUAACCCCCACGGACCCCUCACUGCCCCUCCACCCAGGAGUGCCAGCCCCACUGUGGGCCGUCUCCUGCUAUGGGGCCUCCUAUCCCUUCACCCUGUGCUCCAGGUCUGGGGAGCUCUCCUGGUCUCCCCAGUCUUGCCCAGUUUCUUCCUUGGCCUUCUGAAUUUCAGGUCCCAAUAUCCUUCCCCUUCCCACUCCAAAGGGGCCCUAAGCCAGGGAGCCAAUUAACUUAUUUGUGCCUCCAUUUGAGGGAGCCUUAGGCCCCCCACAAGCCAUCUUUGAAAUCCAGACUCAUCUAGAGGGGAGCCUGUCACCUCUGCCUCAGACCCCACCCGGGAAAGGGGACGGGGCUUUAUGGUUGGUGCAGCCCUCACCUUUGCCUCCCUCCUCCACCAGCUGCCUCCCCGCUUUCCAAUGUCUGUGUGUGUUGGGGGUGGGGUGGGGAGGUGGGGAGAGUUUGAACCUUCAGUCCGAAUAAAAGCGCCCCCCCCUUC